AUGGCUGCGUGGGAGGAGCGGUUGAAUCAGCUGGAACGCAACUUCCUGGCCGAAGUGGAGCGCCUUAAGGACGACAUACUGGGGCAAUUGAAGGUGGAUGACGAGAAGUACUAUACCAACAUCGACAACGAGGUCAACACAUCUUUCACUUCUCCGUCGCCUUCAUCGGCGUACGCUUCGCCUUCGACGUCGCCCUCUGGCUCGUUCCGUGGAGUUGUAAAAAACGGCCGGGAAGGGCAGCACGAAGUUCCGAAUGGCGCAGCCGAUGGAGAUGCCGGGGGCGAGCACGCUCCGCCCGAGGCAAAGACCGUGAAGUCUACUUCCUCUUUUUCAUCCACAGUAGUGCCUGCCUCGCUUCGGCAAUCGCAACUGGCAUUGAGCCCCGGCACUCUUAGCUCAUCUUCAUCUUCGAGUACCCCGCCUCCUGCCCUACCUCCCCAGGCCCCUGUUGAAGGAGAUCACAUUGCGGGAGCUAGCAAAUCACGCCGCGUAGCGCCUGCACGCCAGGCCGAAGCUCUGGUCGUGCGCGUGCGUGCCGCCUACAAGUUCGAAUCGCAAGAGGAAGAUGAGCUGCCCCUCCCCAAGGGACUCGAGCUAAUCGCCUUCAUGCGCGAGGACGAGAGCUGGUGGUGGGGCCAGCGGCCCGACGGCAGGGUGGGCAUCUUCCCAUCCAACUUUGUCACCGUGCUCGAGGGCAACCCGGAGGCGCUGCCCAUUCGCGAAGAUGACCCCAGCGAAGAGGCGGCCGAAGAGAGCAGCAGCAGCAGCAGCAGCAGCAGCAGCAGCAGCAGCAGCAUGGACACGAGUCCGGUGGUGGAGGAUGGCGCCCGCCCGAAGCCUCCGCCGCCCGCCGGACCGAAGCCGCUGGCGCGCCAGGGCUCGCAGCAGCGCCUCGAGAAGAUGAAGGUCAGCAAGGGCGCUGCCUCUCCUCCUCCCGCACGCUCGUCGUCGUACAACCACUUGUCGUCUUCCGGCUCUUCCGUCUCGCAGCACACACCCCACCCGCUGACCUCCUCCUCCGAUUCAUUCACGGCCGCGCCCAUUCCGGCUGCCGCUGCAACUCCUGCUUCCGCUGCCUCGGUUGUUCCUCCUCCCGCGGCGAGACACCGACCCUCACCUCCACCGCCAGCGGCUCAUCUGAAGCCCGCCAGUCUCGUCGGAGCGCCCACUCACUCAGUCUCACCCGCCGCUGCGUUUGAGGACCAACACUCGCAGAGUGGCGCACCUUCUUCCGCCGAUGAUCGCGAGGGUUCGUCUUCGCCCAGGCCUGCCGUGCCCCGCUCUUCCCUCAAGCCCACGCAGAGAGGCGAGGCGUCGCGCAAGGACUGGCACGACAAGAGGAAGAGCAUUAUGAUGCUGCAGGAGCAGAGCCGCACCACCCACCUCCUCGCCCAGUGGGAGCAGGCCGGAGCCGGCAUCACCUUCGCUCCGCCUCCCUCUCGCCCUGUCUGA